UCAACUACAGAGGGCGUCCCUAAAUCUUCAGCAAUCUUUUCAAUCUCAGGCAGGGCAUUUACUGGAGAUAUGAAUCCUCUUUCUGUCUAUCCAUUCGUUCGUACAUCUCUCAGUCUAUCCUUUAUGUGCCACAAGGAACAGCUGUGGAGCUAACAAGGGAGAACAAACACCAGGACUUCUGUUCAUAAUUUCCCUGCAACCAGGCUGCAUUUUUGUGCAAAAUAAAAUAACUAAAGAAUCAGAAGGAUGUAUUACAGUUUGCAGUUUGCACAAAUUGCUAACAAUAUGAAGAGUCGUUGGAAGCUGUGUGGAUGACUCCCUGCAGGACAGAAGAUAUAAACAGAUAUUUACUGCUGCGCUGAAAGACAUACCAUCUCUCUUAAUUGUUUUGUUUCCUCACACGAACACUGCAUAAAAAUGAAUUUCUCCACAUAUCAAGAAAACCAGUCCCUUGAUACAACCAUCCUCGCUAACAGUUCGCUUCCAGCUGCAAUUGCUGAUGAAUGUAGCUUGCCUUUGGCAAUUGUUUUUACUUUAGCACUUGCCUAUGGAGCUGUUAUAAUUCUUGGACUUUCUGGAAAUUUGGCUCUUAUUAUAAUAAUAUUAAAGCAAAAAGAAAUGCGCAAUGUCACCAACAUCCUCAUAGUAAACCUUUCAUUUUCGGACUUGUUAGCAACAAUUAUGUGCCUCCCUUUUACCCUUGUUUAUACCCUCAUGGAUCACUGGAUUUUUGGGGAAGCUAUGUGUAAGCUAAAUGAGUAUGUGCAGUGUAUUUCUGUGACAGUUUCCAUUUUUUCAUUGGUUCUGAUUGCUGUCGAACGUCAUCAACUGAUCAUAAACCCUCGUGGAUGGAGACCUAGCAAUAGGCAUGCUUGCAUUGGAAUCACAGCAAUAUGGAUUGUAUCAAUAACUGGAUCAUUGCCUUUCAUAAUUUAUAGCAAUUUAACUGAUGAACCAUUCCAAAACAUAAGUGUUGACUUCUAUGUUGGAAAAUAUGUGUGCAUUCAACAGUUCCCAAAUGAACAAUUCCGGCUGUUUUACAACACUCUGCUUUUUGUGAUUCAGUACCUGGGACCUCUUUGUUUUAUAUUCGUAUGCUACACGAAGAUAUUUCUAAGAUUAAGAAAGAGAAAUAAUAUGAUGGACAAGAUGAGAGAUAACAAGUACAGAUCGAGUGAAACGAAAAGAAUCAACAUCAUGCUUUUAUCUAUUGUAGUUGGAUUCGCACUUUGUUGGCUUCCUUUCUUCAUCUUUAACUUGGUGUUCGAUUGGAACUAUGCAGCCAUCGAAAUGUGUAGCCAUAAUCUAUUAUUUUUGAUUUGCCACCUUACUGCAAUGAUCUCCACGUGUGUGAAUCCGAUAUUCUAUGGUUUCCUCAACAAAAACUUUCAGAGGGAUUUACAAUUUUUCUUUAAUUUUUGUGAUUUUAGAUCUAGAGAAGAUGAUUAUGAAACUAUAGCUAUGUCUACAAUGCACACUGAUGUUUCUAAAACAUCUUUGAAGCAAGCAAGCCCAAUAGCAUAAAAAAUGGAUGAUUGGCUGUCUGUCUAGUGACAGUAAAUGUGUUGGAACUUUAUAUCCAAAAAAGCACAAAUUCAUUGCAAAAUACAUUAUUUCCAAGCACCGCCCACGGGAUUUGGAAACAUGUGUACAAAAUGAAUGUGUGCUGACAUUUUUGAACUCUGGACAGAAUGUGUAUGUAAUUAUUUCACAUUUCAACUGAUAUUUUUUAUAUAGUGAAAUUUACAGACAUGCUUUUUUAAAAUCAACGUUCUAAAAAUAUUGUGUGUUUUCUGGCACUAAAUACUACAGUAUAAUGUUCACGUAGCAACUCUGAAUGUUCCGGUUUUGUACUUUACACUUAAGUCUGUACACAUAAGUAUAACCACUAUAUUACAUAUGAGAUAUUUAUUAAAAAAAGUUAACUUUUAUAAACACAUUUUAAUAGAGAGUUGAUUUACAGUAAUACAAAAUAAUUUUAUAUCACACAAAUAUUAGUAUUGUAUUGAUAAUGUGGUGAAAACUAUUAAUCUUUUAUUCACUACCUUUCAGAUUCUUUAGUAAAAGGCCCAGAUGAACACAAAAUGUAUAUGUAAGGUACUGUGCCUUAAAUUAAUAAUAAUAAUAAUACAUUUUUGUCUACAUCAUUUAAUGUGGCUUGAAAAGGCUUAGAAUGUUCAUGAAGGAUUAAAAAUAAGAGAUAAUAAUAAUAAGAACAUUCAGUGUUAUAUAAAUAAAGUUAUACACACACAAACAUAUUGACGGAUUGAUCUAUACAGAUUUAUAUAUAGAGAGUGAUUAUGUAUACAAUAUCAAAACAUUGUAAUGUAAUAUCAAAGCUUACGUAAUAUAUCAAAUACUUGUUUGCAUGGGUGAAAAUGUAAAUAGCUUUAUUGCCAUUUAAUAAAACAACAAUAUAAUACAGGCAGUAAGUUAAAACAUUUUCUUAAAACGGACCAUAACUCUUGUCUUCAAGCUUUUCCCACCUUAAAGAGUUCAUAAAAGGUUUACUAUGUCAAAGCUGUUAU